AUGGAUGUUGCUGCGGAACAUCGAACACAGCAUAACGAUACGGAAGGCUUGCGUCGGAGACUCUCCGAUAUUUUCGAUGGUGUUAAUUGGUUGGAAAGGAUUGAUGUAACUCUAAGUUACUGCUUAGCUCAGGAUCUAUUGCAUGCUACAAAGGAAGUAGCUGUGGAUAAAACUUUUAGUGAUGAUAAUGUAGCUAGAAUUCAUGAUGAUUUCCAGAGGGAAGCGUCAUUGCAAGCUCAGAAAGCUGUGAUUGAAGCUCUCCCCAAACUGCAUUCGGAAAAUGUUAUAACAAAGCGUCCAGCUGACUAUUUUGCGGAGAUGGUAAAGUCUGAUAUUCAUAUGCAGAAGAUACGCCGUAAGUUAUUGGAAAAACAAGAAAAUAUUAAAUCUUUUGAAAAAGCGAAAAGAAUCCAGUUCAUUAAAAAAUUUGGGAAAAAGGUAGAAAAAGAGGUAAUAUCUAACAGAAAAAAUCUCCAAUCGGGAAAAUCCAAUGGGAAACUAAAUAAAGGUGCGAAUUUAGUUGAGAUGAAAACGCAGAAAUCGGUAGAUAACUACGUAAAUAAAUCUAGGUCUCCGCGUUUGUCAAAUAAGGGAAGGAAAGAUAUGAAAUAUGGGUAUGGUAGAAAGAAAAAGAAUAUAAAAAAAAAUACUAGUGCAAGCGCGAAUACGUCAUUUUUUGACUCUGGGAUUCAUGGUAAACCUCGAAAGAAGCGCAGUAGUGCCGGUAAUAAACGUCCGGGCAAGAGAAGAAGAUUGCAGAAACGUUAA